AUGAAUUUACAACUCACCUCUGAACAACAACAAAAAUUAAUAGAUCUUUAUCAAAGUUUCCACCCAACUCCUAAUAUAAACAUACAAUUCAAUCCUGGCACAAUUAAAAUAAAAAUAAAUAGUUGUGAAACUACUGUAAUAGUUCCUGAAACAAAAACAAAAAGGAAGCCAAUGAGCAAGUACAUCGAAGAUGCAUAUGAUGCUGAAUACGAAUUAGACCAAACUGUUAACAAUGAGGAGAAUUUUGAUACUCUUUUAAGAUUUACAAUCGAUCCGAGUAAAUCUAAUGGUCAGAAAAUACAAGCUUAUUCCAAAGUUUGGAACCAAGUAACUCAGAAAAUAAAAAGGGAAGGAGAAACAACAGACCAGAUUAAGAGAAAUAUCUGGAAUCUAAUCCAAAGAAAUGGAACCCGCUUCUUGAGAAUUGCUCAAAAAUCCAAUAAAGUAACAGAGGUAGUGGGAGAGUUUUUACCUCGAAGAUUUGAGCAUAUUACUCCUACAUGGUUAAGUCAUAUUAAAAAUGAAGAGUUUGAAGAGUUUUUAAUUAAACUCAAAGCUAGAUAUAGACAAGAAAUAGAGCUUCUCGCAGGAGCUCGAGA